UUGUGUCGAAAGUGUCGUGCGCGUUCACGGUCAGCAGAGCAAGAUGGCGGUCCCUACAAAACAGUACGGGCUGAUCUUGCCACAGAAGAAAGGAGCGUCAAAGACAGCAGUGUUGCAGAAACCCUCAGUGUUUGGGGAUGACUCGGAUGAUGAGACCUCAGUUGGGGAGAGUCUGCAGAAAGAAGCUGUUAAAAAGAAGAUGAUGAAGCAGACACGUUUGGAGAUGCAGAAGGCCCUGGAAGAGGACAGCACUGUAUACGACUAUGACGCUGUGUACGAUGACAUUCAAACCCAGAGACUUGAGAACAACAAAAAAGUUCUGCACGGCACUGACAAACGGCCAAAGUAUAUCCACCAGUUAAUGAGAGCAGUUGAGGACCGAAAGAAAGAACAAGAACGAAGGGAAGAGAGGAAGAUCCAGAAGGAAAGGGAGGCAGAGGGAGAGAAGUUUGCCGAUAAAGACGCUUACGUUACGUCCGCCUACAAGCAGAAACUGCUGGAGCAGAAGGAGGAAGAGGAGAGAGAGAAGAGGGAGGCGCAGUUAGAAGCUGCUUUGGACGUGAAGAAACAAAAAGACAUGAGCGGCUUCUACCGGCACCUGCUGAAUCAGACUGUUGGAGAGGAGGCGAUACCAGAUCGCUCAGCAAACAAAACUCAACCACCAAAAGUCUCAAAAGACGCAGAGAGGACUUCACCUGUUCCUUCAUCUACAUCCCACGAUAACAUCCCAAGUUCAUGCAGUGACAAUGAGGAAGGGCCAGAGCAGAAGUCUGGGUUUACUAAGCCUUCGUCUGGCUCGGCGCACUCAAAACGACAAUACAGACAGAGGUCGCCCUCAUCAGGGAGCGGUGAGGAGAAGGAGAAAGAGAGGGAGAAAGAGAGACAUAAGAAGAGCCACAGAGAUCAUGACAGAGACAGAGGGAGGGAUAGAGACAGAGAGAGAGAAAGAGACAGAGACCGAGAAAGAGACAGAGACCGAAACAGGGGAAGGGAAAGGGAUGACAGACACGGAGGAAGAAGAGACGACAGGGAUAGAAGGAAAGACAGGGACAGAGACAGAGACCGAGGCAGAGACGAUGAAAGAAGCAGAGGCAAGGGGGAUAACGAGAGGGAGGACAGGCAUGGGAAGAGGGAGAGGAGCCCCAAAGAAAGAGAGAGGGACAAGAAUGGAGAAAGAGAGAAGAGGAGGAAUCCAGAAGAAGACAAGCGGAAGGACAAAGAUCUGGAAGAAGAGAGGGAGAAGAGGAAGGAACCAGAGAAGGAGAAUGUGGUGGUAAAGAAGGAAGAGAAGGAUCCAGAAAAGAAGGAAAAUAGUCCGAAAAAAGAGGAGGAGCAGGGACAGCAAGGCGGGGAGAAAGAGGAGGAGAAGGCGAACAAGUUUGCAAAGCGCAGCACGGAUCAGACUGUGACUUCGGCAAGAGACCGGUACAUGGCCCGACAGAUGGCACGCUCUGCCUCUAAGACAUAUAUAGAGAAGGAAGAGGACUGAGCUCACAUCUCCGAACUGCACUCAGACUCAGCCUUGUCUCGAGUCAGAGGAUAAGGCUGAUGUCAUUUGAUGUAUUCAUCUUUUCUUUUUUUCAAGAAAUCCCAUUUAAAGGACGAGACCAACAGUCAAAUCAUCUUUACACUGAAAUUAGCGUGUGUAUAGAGCUUUUCUUAACAAAACAAAAAACAUGAGGAUUGAUUCCUUUCCCAUUCCCAGAAGACAAGUUUGCCUUUGUGUUUUUUCUGGUGUGUCACGUUCAACUUAAAGCAGCAUGUAGGCCAGUGGCAGUGUCAUGGUGGUAACUUUUUUAAUAUCUUAACUUCAGUCUCAUUUCAAACUCUCUGCCUACUGAACUAUCUUUGUGCACUACUUAAACAGAGACCCAUAGAAUCUGUGAUGUUGACGAUUGGAGUCUGAGCCAUUGGCUCCCACGGAAGAUGUGAAUCAUUAAAAAUGUUUAUUCUUUUCAACGCUCAGUAAUUGCCUACAAAUCUGAGUGCUGUAGUUUGUUGCAAAUGCUCGUCAGAUAGAUGUAAAUAGGACAGUUGUUUUGUGUCGAGCUCUGUGGCAUAGAACAAUAUUCCUUAGUAGGCUCGAUGGAUUGUUGGGUUUAUUCUUUGCAUGGGAUUUGUGAAGAAAAUAUUGAAUUUUGCCAACCUCAUCCUCCACCAUACGCUGCAGUGAACAGAUUCAGACAGUAGAGCGUGCUCGUGGUCUUCAGUGACCGAGCAGAGACCUGGAUGAUACUUUUCUGGACUUGUAACAGGUGGAUUUUUGAUUUAUCUUCGUGGAAUAAAAAAGGCUGACUUGUAAAUAUGAAUUUUGAGGCUCUUGUGACAUCACAUCAAGGAAUAAGUGUAAAUAGGAAAUGUUAUCUUAUUGGCUAAUUCGUGAGAUGGACGAAGGGAAUGAGUCAUCGAUGUUGUGUUUGAUCACUUUGGUUGAGGUUUUGUAUCCUUCCUGAUGUAGUCGGUGACGAGUAAAUAAAACCAUUUCUGGUCCACCGUU